CCCAACCUUUCCAAGCCCUCUUUUGUCCCUUCUCCCUUUUCAUUCUCUCACUCUGUCAACUUCAGUCCUUCUCCAACAGAUAUUUCUCUGAUUUUCUUUCUUUCUUUCUUUCUUUUCUUAAUACCAAUACACUUUUUUCUUUUUAUAAAUACAACCCAUCUUCACUCACUCUCUUCAUUACUACUACUCUCCCAACCAAACCAAACCCUAUCUCUGAUCUCUCUUUCUCUCUGAGUCUUGAUUAUUACAACAAUGGAAGUUUCUCAACAAACCAACGAAGAUGGCCAUGGUGGUGGGUCACCGAGGCAACAACAGCAGGUGGUGCAACAACAAGGGUCUUCUUCUUCAGGUGGGUUUCUGUGUAGACAGAGCAGUACUCGAUGGACUCCGACCACUGACCAGAUUAGUAUACUCAAAGACCUUUACUACAACAAUGGGGUUCGGUCCCCAACUGCCGAGCAGAUUCAGAGGAUCUCUGCUCGUUUAAGGCAGUACGGUAAGAUCGAGGGUAAGAAUGUCUUUUACUGGUUUCAGAACCAUAAAGCUAGAGAAAGACAGAAGAAGAGGUUCACUACAACUACUAAUUCUACUACGAACACUACCACUUCUACUGCUACUGCUACUGAUUCAACUCUUCAUCAUCCCAUGCAAAGAGGAGUGAUCAAUCCAAACGUUUGGAAACCUCAUCAUCAUCAAUACCAAUCUUUCAAUAAUCACAACAAGUUCUCUCCUGCUCCUAAUAAUAAUAAUAAUAAUAAUUCUUCGACCAUGCUUGGAGCUGGUCAGAUGGGGCACUUUGGAUAUGGAGGUGUGAAUUUUAGGGAGUGUGGUAGCAGUGGAGUCAAUGGCCACAACUUUGGAUGGGUUGGUGUGGAUCCUUAUUCUUCAACUUACAACACUUUGUUUGAAAAAAGAUCGAUAACUUUUGAUGAAGAAGAAGAAGAAGAAGAAGAUAACAAUAUUGAAGUAGAAUAUGAAGAAAUUCAUUCCCCAGAGAUUGAAACACUCCCUCUUUUUCCCAUGCACGCUGAGGACAUCAAUGGCUACUCCAACAAUUUCAAGCCCAACUACUCCGGCGGCGCCGCCUACUACUCAGGCUGGUUUUGUCCCGACGACGGUGGCCGCGGCGGUUCCCGGGCUUCCCUAGAGCUACGCCUCAACUCCUACAGCCGUGGCUCGCCGGACUCCUUUUAAUUUUAUUUAUGAUUAUUAUUGUGUAAUUAAUUAACUAAUUAUGCCAUGCAUGAAUGGAUAUAUCUAAUUAGUUAGUUAUAACUAUGCUAUGCUUGUUAAAAGGUAUUAUUAAUGAUGGUGUAGUAUCUACUUUGAGUAUGUUUGGCUCUCUGUAAAGCUCAAAGUUAAUGGGUAGUUGACACGUGUCGUGUGAAGAACUU